AUGAAACGUACCCAACAGCGCGUUCUUGUGGUUCAUAGAUUUUCUCCACUUCAUGCUUUGUCAUUUGCUGGAGUCACAGGAAUGGCUGGUGUUUAUGCCUUGUAUGUGUAUGCGAAUCCACUUUCUGCUAGUCUUGGUGUGCUGAAUCUUGCACUUUACGCAGGAAUAUACACGCCUCUUAAGCGAGUUCACAUUGCUUGUACAUGGGCAGGUGCUUUGGUAGGUGCAAUACCACCGUUAAUGGGAUAUUCUGCCGCCACUGGAAAGAUCGAUGCGUCAGCACUGUGUUUGGCUGCUAUUCUGUAUUCUUGGCAGUUUCCUCAUUUUAAUGGAUUGUCCUGGAAUCUUCGGGGAGAUUACAGCAAGGCUGGUUACCGCGUUAUGUGCGUAACCAAUGAGCGACUAUGUCGUGUAACCUCUAUCCGUCAUAGCUUGGCUCUUGUCGGGUUAUGUUCAUUUGCUGCACCUUUCACUAACCUUACCACUAUUACAUUUGCCUUUGGUAUGUUGCAGAUUUUUUUUUGGAAUGUAUCGCGAUAUCCCUAUUACUUGCAAGUUGCCUUAAUUAUGCAUGCGUGGCAAAAUCUGUGUAGAGCCGGUGAAACAUAUCCUUAUAUUUGGUCUAUAUCAGAUUCGCUGCCGAUAAAUUUCUACAUGUGUUGGCUGGCAUACAAAUUUUACAAAGCCCCAGAUGCCCAGAAUUCUCGCCGAUUAUUCUUUUACAGCCUAUUCUACCUGCCGUUGGUGUUGAUUCUUAUGGUUAUAAGCAACUACGGGAGAAAUGAUGCACGAGGUGCAUCCAUUUUUGAGCGGAUACAAUGGUUCCGGACUUUUAGGAAUAGUAUCGGUUUUUGA